GCGCAGCCAGCGGCGGGGCAGGAUGCGCUCAGCAACAGCCACCUCUAACCUCGACCUCGAGAGCAAGAAAGCUGCGCACGCCAAGCUGCCAUGGCAGCAGCCGGUGAACGUGUUCCUGGCCUCCGGCCGCCCACCAGGCAUGGAGCAGCUGCACCAAGAGGCCCAGCUCAACCUCCAGAGCUUGCUGCAAGAAGAGUAUGAGGAGCAGUACACAGAGACCAGGGUCACCGGGCAGACCUUCCGCGCCGCCGGCCACCUGCCCCCAGACACCCCCUCGGAGCCGUCGCCCCGGCCCCCACCUGCCAAGCGUCUCGAGUUCGUGCUUAUGCCCCCAAGCCGGCGAGGAAACGAAGACGAGACCACCACUAACACGCUUGGUGUGAGGCCUCCUGAGGCCUCCCUGAGCCUCCCCACCACCCCAGACAAGCAGACAGCCUGGACCAGGGCCUUCCCCCUGCCCACCGUGGAGGAGAAGCAGUGGCACCAGUCCUGCUCCAUCCAGACCAACAUUGUCCCCAUCAAUGUCUCUGGGCAGCACUUUACUAGGCACGCGAGUGCUCGUCACUCCCUGUUUAACACAGAGACCGCGAUGAACCCCAAGUCCACCCUGCGGCGUAGACGGACCAUUAUCGGAUUCCCUAACCUGUCCCAGCGAGACCAAGGYAGCCCCAAUGGCCCCACGUUCAACACGCACGCGCCCAUCGCAGAGUCUGUGUCCUGCAACUUUGUGCCCGAGACUGCUCAUGGGAGGAGGCCACCCCAGGAGAUAAGCCCCCGCCAGCCACUUUCCGCCCCACUGAGGAAGACCUUCAGUGACCUAGGGGAGAGCCGGUGCUACCAGACGCCCACCAAGAUGGACAGUGCGGCCAUGGCCUACACCGGGGCCUGCAACGGGCCACAGGGCUCCACCUUCUCCCCAGCAUGGAGCUCCAGUUCCUUCAGCUACAUGAGUCCUGCCAGCCCCACUGCAGGCCAAAGCAAGGGACCUGCGUGUGCGUCUCCAGGCAGCUCCAGUGCAUCACCCAACCUGGGCUCGCCCACAAACACUGAGCGGGCGGCCUCCUUCUUCAUUGCCAAGGAGGAGCACGUGGGCAGCAACGGGCCCAGCUCCUUCUCCUGUCCAGUGCCUGAAUUCCCCCCAGCCAACGCAAGCGGCCAGAGGUGCGAGGGCCGAGAAACCAGAGUGAAUUUCUCKCCAGCAAGCAAAGAGGAGUCAGAGACAGAGCGGGAGCCGUCGCGCCUGGACGUGGAUCGGGCAGCCUGCCGGUUUCGUGAGCGGUCGCUGUCGGUGCCCACUGACUCAGGGUCCCUGUGCUCCAUGGACAUUGCAUACGCUGAGAACCGGAGGGGCAGCGCCAACUACACCUUGAACUACCCCAGUGCCAGCUCUGAGGGCAGCACGAGCACUGAUAACGUCUCCCUGGGGCUGGAACACGACGCUCAGCAGAGGCGGCGCUCCAAAAGCAUCUCCCUCAAGAAGGCCAAGAAGAAACCAUCACCCCCUACACGCAGYGUCUCUCUGAUUAAAGAUGAGCCAGUCACCCCGGUGGGGUCUGGCCCUGUGUUGCCAAAGGAUCAGAGACCCAAGAGCCUGUGCAUCUCGCUGGACACUCAGGGCCACCGGCUGGUGCACUCAGAUCCACAGGGGAGCGCAGGCAGAGAGCCCGAUGGCGCAGCCCACCCCCAUCAGUGGUAUCUCACAGACUGGAAGUCUGGAGAUCCCUACCAGUCGCUCUCCAGCUCCAGCACAGCAACGGGGACCACGGUGAUUGAGUGUGUCAAGGCACGGGGCAGCUCAGAGUCCCUCACAUCCCCCUCCACUUCCCGGGCCACAACACCCUCCCAACUCUCCACAGAGGUGGACCUCAAAACCUCUUCUCCGGGUAGGCGCACUGGAUUGAUGUCCCCAUCUAGUGGGUACUCCAGCCAGUCGGAGACCCCAACACCAACCAUCCCAACAUCGAUGAUCCUUGGACACUCUCCACACCAGGUGCGUGUGAGGCCACUGGUCCCUGAGAGGAAGUCCUCCCUGCCCCCUACAUCCCCCAUGGAGAGAAGCCCCAAGUCCAGGCUCUCCUUUGACCUGCCUCUCACACCACCCGCCCACCUUGACCUCUCAGGGCUGAAGAUCUCCCUAAAGGGGAAGAUGAAAGUCAGCCGGCACCACUCAGAUUCCACCUUUGGCACGAAGCUGGUCCAGAAGACCAGCCCCAUCCAGCCCAUCAUGCCCAUGGUCACACAGUCCGACCUGCAGUCUGUCCGCCUGCGCUCCAUCAGCCGCUCAGAGCCAGAGGACAACGCAGACGGCCCAGACCAUGGCGAGGAGCCAACGCAUGGUCCCUGCAGUGCACCUGAGAGAAAGGUGAAGCCGCCCGUGGCAGAGAAGCCACCACUGGCCAAACGACCCCCAGGCAUCCUGCACAAACCCCCCGUCCUGCGGGAGGAGGGCCCCCUGUCCCCUACAUCCCCACCAAGCAUGGCCACCAAGGAGAAGGACAGUUUCAUGGUGUUGCGGAAAGGGGAGCUGAGGAGGAGUCCUGCAGAGCCCCUCUCGACCCCAGCCUUGGUGGGGAUGCGGCGGCUCUCCCAGGGCAGCCUGGAGGAUGAGCCACGGCCAGAGCRUAGCAGUGCCAUGGAGGGGGAGCGGAGGAAGUCCAAGGUCCCCCCACCGGUGCCCAAGAAGCCCAGCGUGCUCUACCUGCCACUCACACCAGUGCCAGCUCUGCAGGGAGCCAACAUGGGGGAUCAGGCAAUCACCCCCAGCCCCAUCAUCACACUGGAUGCCGACACCAGCUGCUGCGACCCAGAUGCCGAUGGCUUCCCUCCUCCUGUGGCCCUGGACACAGCACAAGGCRACGAGACCCCUUCCGAGCAAGGCAGCUCAGUGGAGGCUGGCGUGGAGGAAAAGAGCUUUGCAAGCGACAAGACAGCUGACUCCAUUGCGGAGGAGGAUGAUGAUGUGUUCAUGGCAUCCCGCACCACAGAGGAUCUGUUCACUGUGAUCCACAGGUCGAAGAGGAAGGUGCUUGGGUGGAAGGAACCCGGAGACACGUUUGGCAGCCGGCCCAAUUCCCACUCGCCCGUAAAGACUUCAGGGUCUCCAACCAGCGAGUCCCCUGCAGUGGUGGUCAGCACAGGGAAAUCCUCCAGCAGGAAUGAAGACUUUAAGGCUCUGCUACAGAAGAAGAGCAGCAAAACCAGCCCCGGUACCCGGCCAUCUGCAGCUGAACUGCUCAAGACAACAAACCCGCUGGCUCGGAGGGUCAUAACAGAGUUUGCCCCUGAGCUGGAUGGUGCAAAUAGCCCCAAGAGCCAGCCCUAACCACGCACAGUCCCUGCUGGCGAGAAAGGGCUGGGAGUACUGCUCUAGGCGGUAGCUUUACGCACUCAGGUCUCUGCAGAUGGAGUGUCUCAGGCUGCCCAUGUGAGUCUGUGCCCUGCUGGGGGUUUUAUUUUCCUUUUGUUUCUUCCUCGGUGCAUCUUCCUUUGAUGUUCUCCAGUGGGGAGGGGAGAGCAGCUGAUGAAGAGGCAGUGUUUUGACCUGAGGACACCAUGGCUCUGGUGGAGCCAGGAUACGUCAAGGGGGCAAGAGCCAGGCAUGGAGCACCGCAAAUGGGAUUGUUCCCUGCUGAACCAGCUCCCAGAUCYCCUCCAGCUUCUGCCUGGCACCUCCCGGUGUGCUGGCUGGAGGACAGCACACACUUCCCUGCUUCUCGGGAGCCAGAAACGAACUGCAGCCCAGGUGUAAUUCCGCAUCCGCAGCGAAGCUCGCUUCAAACUGUGUGGUCACUCCGGCAUGUGGUACUUUAAAUGGCUUUUAUAAUGCACAGUGUUGAUGAUGUUUUGUUCUCUUUUCUUUUGACACUGUAACUUGAGUUUCCCAGGCAAAGAUCCCAGGUUUGAGUUCAGCUGGAUACUUGGAGAUUUAYGGUGGGAAGACAGCUGGAAAUAAGGCUGCUUUGGAAGAGCCGCAAGCAGUUUCCACGCGUCAUCCAAAGCAGGCUGCUCUCCCUCCGCGCUGCUGGACCGGGCGCCUGCAGCCAGUGCGUGAUCUCAGGCCAAAAUCCAGUCCAUUGAAAGCCCCUAACGAUGCUGCAUUUCCAAGAGCUCUUUGGCCCUCGGCCCAAAAGCAACACCCAGGGAUGCUACUGCCACCUCCCGGGGAGCCAAGCCCCAUCUGCAGAUGCACAGAGCCCAGCUGAACUGAGCGCAGARGCAGCCCGUGCGGAGGCCUGCAGCAUUCCUGGUGGGACCAGGCCCUGUGAGAACGAGCUGCUCCUGUGGGAGGCAGUUGAUUGCAGUUAAAUUAAAGCCUUGAAKGAAUKUGGGCCCCACGGAGGCAGGCAACUAGCGCUGUACAGAGAAAGCRGGGAGUUUCCUUCCCGGGUUCUGCCUGUUGCUUGGGACUAAAGUGCCCUGGAAAAGCAGGGCAGACCUGCAUCUCCAGCAAACCACUGCUGCUCUGGUUGCCAGAGGUCCUCAGUUCCUGUCUAGCUGUUGGCCAAACCCAGAGAGGUCYGUGUACCCAGGGCUGAUGUGCUCCUCUCCACCUCCUGGCUUGUUCCUGGGGUGCUUCCCCAUGAAGACAGGGCAGUGCCACCCUCCACCCUGUCAGUGCCGCUGGUGCUGGUCAGUGGUGGGGAGGUUCACAAGGCUGAGCACAUGUCCCUGUGCGGAGUGCUGGCUGAGGGGGUCCRGAGGGUGCUGUCAGCAAUGCCACCAACCUGCCAGCGCACAGGUCCCCCAGGCAGCCAGAUUGCACUUCCCUGAGCACCACCAAGUGGGGACCUUCCCAACCCCAGGGGACACUGGCAUGCAUGGGGCCAGGCACUCGCAAGAUCAGGUCUCUGGGGCUCCCUGGUGAAUGUGUCCCCUCUCUGCCAAGCAGGUUCCCCAGUACAGCAUGGGCAGAUCAGAGCACCCAGGCUGAACAGAAGACAGAGCAGCAUCAUGCCAAUGAUGGGAUCAAAGCACUGUCUGCCACCCUCUGCGUCCUGCUGGGACGCUGCUGAACACUGCCAGCCACCACAGACACAGCUGGCACAGUAGGAACAUGCCGGGCCCUGCCAAUCAGCCAGGCUGCCAGAGCAAACAGCUGGAGCUGCCGUUUGGGGCCCCUCAAAGACCCAGCAGGGCUGGACUCCCCCUCCACCCUGAGCUCAUUGCAGCUACUUAUUCCAGGUGGGUGCCCACACACCCCACUGGCACCACUGCGGUGCCAUGGGUCCCAUCCGGCAGGCUCUGCGUGGGGAGGAGCACCUGCACGAUGGCACUUGGUGGCACAGUGCCUGAGGACUCUGUCCCAUGGCUUCCCCUCCGCCAUGAGGCUUUUUGUGCUUGAGGUCUCCCUUGGGACAGCGCCUGUUGUGACUCUCCAAUCCUCAGAGCACGAGAGAAGUGGCCAGGCAGUGACUCCUGGAGAAACAGGGUGUUAUUAAACUUGAUUUCUUUAUCUGUUUCCGUAAGCUCCAGAAGCAGAAGGCCAAGGACAGGACUGCAGCAUCCCAAGCCCUGUCUUACAUCCACCCUGUUGUGUGGCUGCAGCCACAGCCCCACAACAACUGUCCUUUGGAAGGGCCGGGGAUGGUUUGGUGCCCACGAGAAGGCCUAUGCCUCUUGCAGGAGCUCUGCACACCAAUGGUGCCCAUGUGUCACUGUCCUCCUGCUGUUCUGGGCCCUGUAGGGAGCAAACACCUCUUGGGAACCAUCCUCUUCCCCAGGCUUGUGUUGGAUUUUACCCUCAAAGAGGCUCAGUUCUCCC